AUGGCAGAAACUCGAACCCGUAUACAACAAAACGACCUACUUCUCCACGAAGCAGUUAUUAAGAAUGAACCCGCUGCUGUUCGCGAAGCACUUGAACGACCCACAGAUGUUAACUGUAGGAACAAUUACGGACGAGCACCGAUUCACUGGGCUGCCAGUAGAGGAAAUGUUGAAAUAAUCAACUUACUCAUUGAAGCCAAAUGCGACAUAGAAGCGGCUGAUAAGUUUGGCAUGCGGCCGCUGUUAAUGGCGGGAUGGCACGGACACCUAGAGGCUGUGAAAACACUCGUUCGGGCGGGGGCCUGUUUAGCUGCCACUAAUAAAAAACACAACGACCUACUUCAGUGCGCGUGUUCUCGAGGCGCAAUUGACGUAGCCAACUAUGCCAUUUCGUUGGGAGCUAAAGUACAAGACACAGAUGCAGCAGGAGAUGCACCCCUUGCUUUGGCAUCAAGAGCUGGACACACAGCCUUGGUAGAGAUGCUGCUGAAUAAGGGUGCUUACAUAGACGCUGUGAAUAAGUAUAAACCAACGCCUACCAUAUCAAAACAAAACACUCCACUAAACCCUGACAAACCAAACAACGUCAUGGUAAAUCAACAAGAAAUUGGAGCCGAAAUAGACAGAACUCCAAUAAAGCUAUGUCAGCCUGGUACAAACAAUUACGGUCCACUGUUCCCCCACUUGUCAUCGGAUGCGAUAGCGGCCACCGACGACACUUGUUUUGCUCUCAAUCAUGCACGGGCGGUGGAUUAA